UCAAAGCCGAGAGUUCAGUUGUUUAUUUUGGUUUGUACCUUUCAACAGGUCUCUCCAUGGGUGAAAGAGGAACAAGUAAUCACUCAGAAAUGACGGAUUUUAUUCUUGUAGGCUUCAGGGUUCGCCCAGAGCUCCAUGUUCUCCUUUUCCUGCUAUGUCUGCUUGUAUAUGCCACGGUCCUUUUUGGGAAUGUUGGGAUGAUGGCCAUUAUCAUGACUGAUCCUCGGCUGAACACACCCAUGUAUUUCUUCCUAGGCAAUCUCUCCUUCAUUGAUCUCUUCUACUCCUCGGUUAUUGCACCCAAAGCUAUGAUCAACUUCUGGUCGGAGACCAAGUCCAUCUCUUUUGCUGGUUGUGUGGCCCAGCUCUUUCUCUUUGCUCUUUUCAUUGUGACUGAGGGAUUUCUCCUGGCAGCCAUGGCUUAUGAUCGUUUCAUUGCCAUCUGCAACCCACUCCUCUACUCUGUUCAGAUGUCAACACGUCUCUGCAUUCGAUUGGUAGCUGGCUCCUAUUUUUGUGGCUGCAUCAGUUCAGUUCUUCAGACCAGCAUGACAUUUACGCUGUCCUUUUGUGCUUCUCGGGUCAUUGACCACUUCUAUUGUGAUAGUCGCCCACUUCAGAGAUUAUCUUGUUCUGACCUUUUUAUACAUAAAAUGGUGUCUUUUUCCUUGUCUAGCAUUAUUAUCUUACCUACUAUGGUAGUCAUUAUUGUUUCCUACAUGUAUAUUGUGUCCACAGUUCUAAAGAUACGCUCCACUGAGGGACGUAAAAAAGCUUUCUCUACCUGCAGCUCUCACCUGGGAGUUGUGGGUGUUCUGUAUGGUGCUGUCUUUUUUAUGUAUCUCACUCCUGACAGGUUCCCUGAACUGAGCAAAGUGGCCUCUUUAUGUUACUCUCUAGUCACUCCUAUGUUGAAUCCUUUGAUUUACUCUCUGAGAAACAAAGAUGUCAAAGAGGCUCUAAAAAAACUUCUUGAGAAAAAAAAUGCUAUUUUUUGA